GCCGCUCUUUAGUCCCCACUCCCCAGCUUCUCAGUAUUUCCCGGCCCCUCGGUCCUCACAACCACAGUACAAAGUAAUACGACAAUCUCUCGUUGCUAGGAAAAGAAAGUCAAAAUUUAAAACCAAAGCUAAGACGAUUGCUAUGCAGAGGCUCGUCUUCCUCAGGGGCCUCUCUCACCAGAUCACCACAAAUGUCUUCAAGCGCGGCCCAUACCCCUCUCCGCCCCACCACCACCACCACUUCUCUCGCUUCAACGCCUCUUCAACACUCUGCCGUGGGCUGCUCUCAAGCCCAUUUACCCAAAAUCAAGCCUUGAGAAACGCCCUUUCGAAGACUGGUCAAAGCUAUGGUCUUGCCGGAGUCAAGGUUGGAUUCUUGAGGUCCUACCUUUCUCGGAGGGGAUUCUCGUCUUAUUCCAAUCUUUAUAACCAUCGGAGAUCUUGGUUUCAAAGUCUGACGCCAGAUGGAGUUGUGAUAGGUUUGAUUGUGUCUAAUGUGGCUGUUUUUCUGUUAUGGAGGGUUGCUGACACUAGAUUCAUGUUGAAGAACUUCACUAUUUCAGUCGAGAACUUUAUAAGUGGACGAGUGCACACAUUAGUAACCUCUGCAUUCAGUCAGGUCGAUCAGUGGCAUCUUAUCUCUAACAUGAUUGGACUCUACUUUUUUGGGACAAGCGUGGGAAGAAUGUUUGGCUCAGGAUACCUUCUGAAAUUGUAUCUGUCUGGGGCAGCUCUUGGUUCAGUAUUUUUCUUGGUCUAUCAUGCCUUCAUUCUUCCAUCAACGCUGGCUCACAGGAGCGGAAUGGUGAGGAGCCCUUCAAGUAUAUAUGGAUUGGGAGCAAGCGGGGCAGUGAAUGCAAUUAUGUUGCUUGAUAUAUUCCUCUUCCCCAAAAAGACCCUAUAUUUCAACUUCAUAUUCCCAGUUCCUGCAGCCUUACUGGGAAUUUUUCUGAUUGGAAAAGAUGUAUUAAGAAUACUGGAGGGUGACACUCAGAUAUCGGGGUCUGCGCACUUGGGAGGCGCUUUUGCAGCUGCUAUUGCUUGGGCGCAAAUUAGAAAGGGUGGUGCUGGUAGACUCUUCAGAUUUUAGUUAGUUCUCUAUUGCAACUUUGCAACAAUGUGUAUCUAUAGCGUCCAACAGAAACUUUUUAUUUUAUGUAAAAUAGAAUGCAAUUUAUAUUUAUUUGGUGGUUCUAUUUUGCCACUCCUAUAAUUCUUUAUCUGUAGAUGCUCUUCACAUUCACAAGCCCCACGGCUUUCUAUAUAAGCUGAUAUGGGAUAUUUGAAAGGGUGUGAGCCUGUGAGGUAAACAUCUCAAACUUGUACGGAGUAUAUGUAAUUUAAAUACUUUAAACUAUAUAUAAAUAGUUAUUUUUGCACCA